AUGCUGUCGCCCACCAGAUCCACGCGGCGAAAGGAACGACGAAACCCAUCGGUAACGCCACGGAGGUUUGGCCGCUUCUUUACGCCGCGGUCGUCUCUGCCCCCUCUGCCCAGUGGCCGGUCUGUCUUGGGCAUGCUGGAUAGUGCCUCAGUCAACAAUCGCCAGCUGGCGUCCCCCAUGUCCUUUUUCAGUGAUCCACUACUGAGCUCGGAUCCGUUAUGUCCAUCCUCUCCCACCGAGCGUUUGGGAAUGGGCGUGGAGCACAAGAGGUUGAUGGAGGAGACACGGGCGGACGGUGCAAAGAGGAGGAGAACCGGCGAUAUCUCGCCUUAUGCUUUCCAGGAGCUACUCAACCCCACCAUUAUCGAAGAGGAUAUGACCGAGGAGGAUGGCGCCAGGUCACGAGAGACCCUUGAAAGCUUGGGGGACCGGCGCAAGGCGACUCUGAACCUCUUCUUCAAGGCCAGCCGUAGUGGUUCUCGUGGGCUGCAAGAGAAGUCAGGACUAACUCCACAAAGGCUUUUUGCCGCUGACCCCAAAGGCCCCCUGCACCUGGAAGGAUAUCAGCCAAAGCCUGUCCGCAAAUUCCGGGAUACUGGUUUCGAAUCUCACCUUCUUGACCGAGAGCAUGGUUUCUCUCUGCACCACGGCAGACAGCAUCUGAGCCACCCAGCCUGCGACCCACGGAUUGAGACAGCUUCAUUUUACAGCCGGAGCAAUGACCUCCACCACUGCGCUGCCUCCAGCGGAAACGGCAAUACGAUUCCCUUUAGCCUGGCGAGCUGCCACAAAACUUCGAUUACAGCAAUUGGCGAUGAACAAGGAUGUGUUCGGCUCUUCAAGACCGAUCUAAAUGACCCGAUGGACGACUCCAAAGUUGAUACAUACAUCUCCGUUCAUGACAACGCGAUUAUGGAUCUGGCGUUCUCACAAGAUGAUAUGCGCCUGGUAACAGCGUGCGGUGACCGCAGUGGUAGAAUACUUGACAUUCCUACUCUUACGGUGGCCGCCGAGCUUGGAGGAGGUCACUGGGACUCAUUACGGCAGGUUGCGUUCCAACCAGGUGAGGCGGCCGGCAAUGUUAUUGCCUCGUCUGACCGGGCUGGCCGCAUCCAAAUUUGGGAUUUGCGAUGUUCCUCAUCACCGGUCAACAGCUUUUCAUGCCCCAGCGGCAUUGGCCAGCGAGAUACCUCCCUAGAGCCCUUCCACGCCAAGGGUGUCAACACCAUCGACAACGCCCACGAACGUACGGUGCAGGGCAAUACUUCAUCAGCCUCCGUCACUGCUAUUCACUGGAUGCCACCGGGCCGCGAACACCUCCUGCUAUCUGCAUCUGAAGCCAAUGCCUCCAUCAAGCUCUGGGACACGCGCUAUAUCAAGCCUCGGCGGCAGGCCGAAGAGACACCUCUAGCUGUGACUUCAGAACCACGUGGCCACACGUGGCGCUCCUACGGCAUUACAUCCCUGGCGAUCAGCUCUGAUGCCGCUCGCCUCUACGCCGUUUGCAAGGAUAGCACCGUCUACGCUUACUCAACAAACCAUUUGAUGGUCGGGCAUGCGCCGGAGCUCGAGGAUGGAGCCACCAAGCGUAGGCCCAACGGGGCUCAGGGUCUCGGUCCCAUGUACGGCUUCAAGCACGAUUCGUUCCGCGCCCAGUCCUUCUACGUCAAAUGCGAUAUCCGCCCCGGCACCAACGGCUCCUCCGAUCUCCUCGCCGUGGGCAGCAGCGACGGUUGUGCGCUUCUCUUCCCCGCCGACGAACGAUAUAUCCGCAGCGCCUGGGCCAAACGCUCCCACAUCCCCUCCGAAACCGCCUUCGCCACCCCGUCACAAAGCAUAUCCACGCCUUCUGCCUUUGGGUCAUCCGCCGCCACGCCUCUCAUCCCUAUCUCGCGCCUUGGAACGCCUCUUGUGCGUGGCCACAGCCGCGAAGUCACCACGCUAAGCUGGGCUCACGACGGCAAACUCGUCACCGCGUCAGACGACUACAUCGUUCGUCAGUGGCAGCAGGACGAGUCUCGAGCGCGGUACUUGCGACAAGUAGGCGAAUUCGGUGGCGAGCGCCAUAUGGCAGGCUGGGCGGACGUGGAAGACGACUGGGAUACCUCUGAUGACGACUCUGAAUAA